GCCACACACGCUCAACGUUGACCCGGAAGCGAUCUUCGGUCUUCGUUCUGACACGUAGCUACGGAAGAACCCGGUGUGCAGAGUGAAGCCCGGCGGUGACUGGCCUGUGAGAGCUGCUGCCAUGUCAAACUUUGAUGGCUUCUACCAAACCAGCUACAGCAUCGAUGACCAAACUCAGGCUUACAAUUACAAUGCAGGCGGAGGGCAAUACAACAACAGACAGUAUGCCUAUGAUUACAGCCAACAAGGUGGCUUUGUUCCACCUGACCCGAUGAAUCAGCAACCCUAUACAGGGCAGAUAUACCAACCUGCUCAAACAUAUACUCCUACUUCAACGGAGUCUGUUUACGGAAGUACUUUUGACGAUGAGCCGCCAUUGCUGGAAGAACUUGGUAUCAACUUUGACCAUAUUUGGCAGAAGACAUUAACUGUGCUACACCCUUUAAAGGUAGCAGAUGGCAGCAUCAUGAAUGAGACCGACUUGACUGGUCCAAUGGUCUUUUGUCUUGCUUUUGGAGCUACGUUAUUGUUGGCAGGAAAGAUCCAGUUUGGCUAUGUCUAUGGGAUCAGCGCAAUUGGCUGUUUAGGGAUGUUUUGCCUUCUCAAUUUGAUGAGCAUGACAGGGGUUUCAUUUGGCUGUGUGUCCAGCGUGCUAGGCUACUGUCUCCUUCCCAUGAUUAUCCUGUCUAGCUUCGCUGUGGUUUUCUGUUUGAAGGGAAUUGUAGGUGUCCUGCUUACAGCUCUGAUAAUUGGCUGGUGUAGCUUUUCUGCUUCAAAGAUAUUCAUUUCUGCUUUGGCUAUGGAAGGACAGCAGCUCCUUGUUGCAUACCCUUGUGCUUUGCUUUACGGAGUCUUUGCCCUAAUCUCAGUAUUUUGAACUCAAUAUCCCUGUUGGACAUUUAAAGGGCCAAACUACAAAUCUCUUGUACCAGAAUGGACCAGCUUGGAGACAUUGACACCAUGCACAGUUUUGUGUGUUUGGGGAGAAAAGUGGACGUUUAUGUACAGCUUAUGUUCCUGUUUUAUAGAACUUUUAAAUACUGAAAUGACUCAGAAUGCCUUCAGCUUUAAUAAAAGUUCCCAUUUAUAAGGUAAAAA